AUGCAAUUACGCAAGGUCUCCGUGUGUUCUCCGCGUGGACCGUUCAGGCUGCUCAAUGACGCACUUCCCCAGUGCAACUCGUUGGUUGUCCUCACGAGUAUUGCUGAGGUCUUCCUCCACACUGCGUCAUCUAGGAUGACUUCCACUCCCUCCUCUGCCCUCUUGACCAGGUCAGGCUCAGUUACAGUAUUUUUGAACGUACUGGUGAUCAUCUCCAUCUCUCACUUCAAGCAGCUCCACACUCCAACCAACCUGCUCAUCCUCUCUCUGGCUGUGUCAGAUCUCCUGGUGGGAUUGUUUGCGUUACCAGUAACGACGGUAGCAAUAAUGGAAUCAUGCUGGGGAUUUGGGGAACAUUUCUGUGUGUUUCAAUUCUACAUCACUUGUUUAUGUACUUCUUUAUCUCUGGGCAAUUUGGUCUUGAUAUCUAUUGACCGCUAUGUUGCUGUGUGUGAUCCCUUAUUGUACCACUCUAAAAUAACAAUAACAAGAACAAUGUGUUGUAUAUCCUUUACCUGGUGUUGUUGUAUCAUACACGAUGCUGCUAUUGUAAAAAACUUUGUAAAUGUACAGGUACCGAGUAGGUGUUUGAAAGAAUGUUUUAUACUUGAAGAGUUCAAUUGGGUUAAUAUCAUUGACCUUGUACUUAAAAUGGUUGUCCCAUGCUCUAUUAUUAUAACACUUUAUAUGAAAAUCUUUGUGGUGGCCAGAUCACAGGCCAGAAAGGUAUUUUCAAAAGAGGCUGCCUGUGUGUUUGGUGUUCAAACUGUACAGGAAAAUAAGUCUGAGAGAAAAGCAACAAAAACUCUUUCUAUUGUUGUUUUCAACUAUCUCAUUUGUUGGACUCCAUCGCUAUUUGUUUUCUUUCUAUCUUUUUUAGGUGAAAAUGUUUCAUCAUUCAUCCUCAGCUUUCUGCCACUUGUUAAUUCCUUAAUUAAUCCAAUAAUUUAUGCUUUCUUUUAUCCAUGGUUCAAAGUGACAGCUAAACUUAUUAUAACUCUGAAGGUUAGGUGUUCAUAGUCCCUAUGUUUUUAUUCCCCAAUUUGACAAACAGGUUUGAUAUGGUUUUGUUGUACAAUUGUUGUAAUUGCUUCUUUCAUGUAACAAUACU